AUGUCUUUCUCUCACAAAAUUUUAGUUUUUGUUGCUUUUUUGAUCAUUUCAUUGGUGUCAUCAACAUCAAUAGUGGAGUCUAGGAAAAUCUCUAAUCCUUCAAACUCGAUGAGUCUUGAAGCAAGAUUGAAGGUGAAUGGUGAGUCUCCAAAUUGUUGGGAAUCACUUUUCAAACUCCAAGCAUGUAGUGGUGAAAUUAUAACAUUUUUUCUCAAUGGUGAAACUUAUUUAGGCAAUGAUUGUUGCAAAGCAAUUAAGAUUAUUGGACAUGAUUGUUGGCCUAAUGUUGUUUCAUCUCUUGGAUUUACCAAUGAAGAGAGUUAUAUAUUGGAAGGUUAUUGUGAUGAAGUUGAUGAUAAUAUUCAUUCACCUCCACCACCUACACCAUCUACACCACUAGUAUCAUUUGUUGAUCCUAAGAAGAUUGCUCCAUAA